AUGAAUAAUAAUACCAAUAACAAUAUCAGCCGCUCGGCGAACAAUUCUACUCUUGCGAUUUCUCCAUUAUUGGCCCAUGCUCAACGGCGGGUCUCUGAGAAUUAUAGUACUCCACCAAAUCAGCUAUUCCAUACACCGAUUAACCCAGAAAUUCUAGGUCAUCAUAAUCGGCACCAGACACAUGUUCCAUCGCCUUUGCAGCAAACGCCUCAAAGAUUUAAGUUCAAUGAUCAAUCAUCACUCGCAUCAUCAUCAUCUUUCAACGACAAUAGUGUGGAGCUUGAUCAUAACAAUACAUCGCCAUUAUUACAACCUUUAUCACAAGCAGAAAAACUUAGGCUUUGGAGACAUGAUGCCUUAAUGCAACAUCAUUACGAAACAGCAUGUUAUAUCGGUGACAAAGUAUAUUCGUUAACUAAUGAUCCAAAUGAUGCCUUUUGGCUUGCACAGGUACAUUAUGCCACGGGAAAUUAUAUUAGAGCUCAUCAGUUACUAUCAACCGACCCUCAAAUGGCAUUUUCGGUCAGCUGCAGAUACUUGAAUGCAUUAUGUUUAACAAAAAUCAAUAAAUGGGAAGAGGCGCUUGAUGUGAUUGGCGAAGAUAACCCUUUCAAAAAUGACGGUGCCUCCAAUAUCAAAAAUCAGGACGGAGGAAUAAAGUUGGAAAGUUCAAUGUGCUACUUGAGAGGGUUAAUUUAUAGUAAUCAGAAUAAUUUUGACAAGGCGAAGGAAUGUUAUAAGGAGGCAGUAUUAAUAGAUGUGAAAUGUUAUGAGGCGUUCAAUGAAUUGAUCAAGAAUAAUUUUAUCACCCCCAAUGAGGAAUGGGAGUUACUAAACAGUUUAAAUUUUGAAGAGCUAGAAGAUAAUGGCGAAUUGAUUAAAAACUUAUACAUCACAAGAUUGAAUAAGUAUAUAAAUCCAAACAAGAUUCAAGAAGCCGAAGCAGUGUUAGAUGAAGAAUAUAAUUUGAUCGAAAAUAAUGAUAUACUUAUAUCUAAGGCGAAUUUACUAUUUAUCCAAUGCAAAUUCCAGCAGUGUUUAGAAGUGUGUGAAAAGGUUUUAGAGAAUGAUGAAUUUAAUUUUCAGGCUUUGCCUAUUUACCUAAGUGCCUUACACGAACUAGGAGGCAAAAACAAAUUAUUUUUAAUCGCAAACAGAUUGGCGGAAUUGUACCCAAAAAAUUGUACUACUUGGUUAGCCAUAGGUAUUUACUAUUUAUCAAUCAACAAAAUUUCAGAUGCUAGAAAGUUUUUCAGUAAGGCAUCUUUGACUAAUCCAAAUUUUGGUCAAGCCUGGAUUGGUUUUGCUCAUACUUUUGCGGCUGAAGGUGAACAUGAACAAGCAAUUAGCGCCUACUCUACCGCUGCAAGGUUGUUUCCUGGUACACAUUUGCCAAACCUCUUUUUAGGAAUGCAGUAUCUACAAAUGAAUAACUUGCUGUUGGCAGAAGAGUAUAUGCUAGCAUCUUAUGAGAUCUGUCCAAGUGACCCAUUGUUGUUGAAUGAGAUCGGGGUAAUUUACUUCCACACCAAUGAUUUGAAAAAAUCAGAAUGGUUUUUUAUGAAAGCUUUCAACGAAUCCAAGCAUUUGACUAAUGAUUCUAAGUCAUGGAUGAGUAUUAAUAGCAAUUUGGGGCACGUUUAUAGAAAAUUGGGUUAUUACGAAAAGGCUUUGAAGAAUUUUUUCGAGGUUUUGAAGCUCAAUGUCAAAGACUCGAAUAUUUACUCUGCAAUUGGAUUGAUUUAUUUGAAAAUGGGAAAAUAUUUCAAGAGCAUUGAGGCAUUGCAUAAUGCUUUAGCAAUUUCGCCGAGCGAUCCGAUUGCCAAUGAUUUAUUAAAGAGAGCGCUAGAUCAAAAUGCUAGUGAUGACAAGUCAUAUCAUGGAAAACAAAAGCCUAACGACUCACAAUUUGUUGUGCCAAAAAAACCAAAGCCAGAUAACAAUAAGAGUAUAGCUGCCAUUUCAACCCCAUUAUCGAAACAUAAUAACAUCAUUGAUACUUCUACAGACGAUGCUGAUGAUAUCUCUGGAGAAUUUUUCAGGAAAACAUCUAAGAUUCUAAGUUUAUCUAAAUCAACAUUGAGUUAUAAGAAAGUUUUAUCUAAAUCACCGAGGUAUGAUUUCACCGCCAACUCGCCAUCGAUCGUGAAAACUAAAAAUUUCCCAUUUGCGAGCAAUAAAAGCUUUGAAAACAUUAAUGAGGAGUUUGAGUUUGGUGAGUCUAGUAUUGCCCAAAUUAUAGAAGGUGACAAUACCACGAUUCCAACAACGAGGAAGGCUAAAUCUUUGGCAAUUUUGGAUGAAGGAAGCGAUCCGAGAGAAAUUGCUCGAGAGUUAAUUCAAGGAACUGUUAGCAGCGAUGAUGAAGAUGAAGAAGAAGAAGAAGAAGAUGAUGUUAUGGAUAUUGAAAGCGAUUAG